ACGAGCUGCAGCUCACAUCACAGAGGCCUCCAGAGUCCAGCACAGCAGAGACACACAGGGAAGUGGCAGGGAGAGCAACGCUGGAUGCUACUUUAAUGACAAAUAUAGUCCAUCACUGACCAAGGGGGGCUCCCCAACGAGACCAGCCAGAGACAGGACAUCCACGUCCUCCUCAGUCAGAGACAGAUCAGCUCUCUAUCUGUCCAGAGCAGCAGCUAUCGACUCCACAGGAGGCUCAACACAGCCAGAAUUCGUUGGUACACCAGUGACAAGAGCGAAAAACAGUAAGAUGGCUGACGCCACCAGAAAAAUCACAGUUUCACAGUCACCUCAUGAUGAAGAUGACCUGCCUCUCCCCCCACCUCCUCCUGUACCACCAAGACCCCUUGACUAUGAAGGGCCCUUAGCUCAAAGUAGCCUCCCUCUGCCUCCACCUAAAGAAACCUUCUCCAUGUUCUAUCAGCAACGGCAGAAGAGUGAGCUGAAAAGGCUUUUCAAACACAUCCACCCAGACCUCCGGGCGAAUCUCGAUGAUGCAGUGGACGAUGAGAUACUGAAAGCAGUGCAGUCAGAAAACACUCAAGCAGGAGACGCAGCAUAUCAGGGGGAAGUGCAGUCCAUGAGGUGGAUCUUUGAGAACUGGACUCUGGACAAUAUUGGAGAUCCUCAUGCAACUAAAAAGCUGCUGGAUGAGGAGGCGUUACAAGGUGGUGACGUCCGAAGCACCUCCUCGAUGUUUGAGCACAUCGACAGCACCCAACAAAUGUCUGCUCAAAGACAGACUUCUGUCAGAGGGGAUGUGAGAACAUCAACGUGGUUGUUUGAGACCCUGCCUUUAGAUUCCUUAAAUAAAUCAAAAAGAGAAGAAGGCGAACUGGUUGAGGCAGUGCUGAAAGAACCCAUCCACCCUGGAGAUGUAAGAGGGACUCGGCUGCUUUUUGAGUCUAAAACACUGAGUGACUUGGGACGCUGCAACUCCAUCGAAGACUACAGCUUUCUGAAACUGAGAUCUGAGCUCCAGGAGCAGAAAGGAGAUGUCCAGAAGACCGUGAAACUCUUCCAGACAGAACCUGGAUGUGCCAUCAGAGACAAAAGCGGUAAUAUCCAUGAGAUUAAAUCCAUCUGCAGAGAGGAGAUCAACAGCAGCAGCAUCAGCACAGCCCGGUGGCUUUUUGAAACCAAGCCUCUGGACCUGAUUAAUAAGGGAACUGAUGGGGUGAAAAUAAUUCGGGGAAUAUCUCUGGAGGAGGGGCACACUGGUGGUGUUGACCGAAAGAGGUGGAUGUUUGAAACGCAGUCGUUUGACACGAUACAAGAGGUCGUGGGAGUGAACAAGUUUGAGGGAACUUCAGGGGAGGCUGAUGUCGACAACAAAAGGAAGCUCUUUGAGACGCAACCACUGGCAAAACUAAAAGGAGACUCUGGAGAACAGUCUUUGGAAAAGGAGGAAAUAAUUGGAGGAGAUGUCAAAACUUCUCUGUGGCUGUUUGAAACUCAGCCAGUGGAGGCUCUUAGUGACAGCUAUGAAGUUGGGCGCCUGCAGAAAAUUACCCUUUCAGCUGAAGAGCAAGGAGAAGUAAAAGGCAAAAAACAAAUAUUUGAGAGUUGCAGUAUUCAAAAGAGCACCUCAUUGAAAGAGCAAGAAAUUGAAAAAGGUGAUGUUAAAGGAUUCAAACAACUUUUUGAGACAAUUCCUUUGAGCAAAAUUGCUCACUCUGAUGAGGAGAUUAUUGAAAAGGAAAAUGCCAUUACAGCUGGAGAUGUAAAAGGUAACAAAGCAAUGUUUGAGACAACUCCUCUAUACGCAAUAAAGGACAGCUCUGGAAACCUCCAUAAGGUCACAACAGUCAGCCGAGAAGAAUUCAUCAAAGGGAAAGUCAAAAACUAUAAGUGGAUGUUUGAGACCAAGCCUUUAGACCAGCUGGCAGAAGAAAAAGGAAAUGUUGAAGUAAUCAAAGGCAUCACCAGACAGGAGGACACUGCGGGCGAUGUCAAGAUGGCAAAGUGGCUUUUUGAAACCCAGACAAUUGAUGGGAUCCAUUCAAAGUUCAAUCAGACUGAGCAAAGCUCGUCAUUGGAGGAGGAGCAUCGCAAAGGUGACGUCAAGACCUGUAAAUGGUUAUUUGAGACACAACCAAUGGAUAUUUUGUAUGACAAAUCUGAAAAGAUGAAAGAAAAAGAAGCGAUUGACAAUACCAGUGUCAAGUCCAUGACUUGGCUUUUUGAAUCACAGCCUCUUGACAGCAUCAAAGAUGGCGAUGAGUACAAUCUGAAACUGUGCAGCACCACACAGGAUUCUGUCAAAUCAGAGGUUGGUGUUCAAACAGUCAAGCAUCUUUUUGAAACAGAAACCUUGGAUAAAAUAAGUAAAGACGUAAAUUCAGAACAAGAUUUGAGAUGUAUCAGUCAGGUCAACUUUCAGUCAGGGGAUGUCUCACGGGUCAAAGAACUCUUUGAAUCCCAAUCCCUUGAUGAAAUAGGAUUAGAAAUGAUGGCAACCUCAGAUGAGCAGAACCGAGAUGAACAGAUCGAACAAGGUUCUGUAAAUAAAUUUACUUGGAUGUUCGAGAACUGUCCCAUGAACUUGAUCAAUAAGGACAGCGAAGCUACAAAUGAGCAAAGAGUUGGAGGUCUUGAGAGUGGUGAUGUACAAAACAAAAAGUUUAUUUUUGAAACGUCCUCACUGGACAAAAUCCACGAUGAACCGCUUGAGCAGCAGUCAGUCUGUGUGGAGCAGCCUGUGAGCAAUGUCGAUGUGAAGUCAAGCACGAUGAUGUUUGAGUCGCUGCCACUGUACGCCAUCAGAGACAAAGAGGGCCAGUUUCACGAGGUGACAACUGUAAAGAAGGAAGAGGUGAAAAGUGGCGAUGUAAGAGGAGCAAGAUGGAUGUUUGAAACAAAACCACUAGAUGCCAUCAAGGCAGAGAAUGAAGUUUAUGUGAUCCGAGCUGUCACCCAAGAAGAUGUUAAGAAAGGAGAUGUCAAGUCAGCCAGAUGGAAGUUUGAGACGCAACCUCUGGACUCCCUCACCAGCCGAGAUGAGGCCUCUGUUACGGUCACUGAAGACUUUGGAAACGCCAAUGUGCAGCUCAAUAAACAGAUAUUUGAAUCUGAGGAGUCAAGCAAGAAGUUUGUGAGAAUGGUUAGCGUCACUGAUGUCCAGCGUGGUGAUGUUAGGACCUCCACAUGGCUCUUUGAGAAUCAGAGCAUUGACCGUCUGAAAGGGGAACCUCAGGAGCAGAGUCCAGUAACAACAGUCCACAGGGAAGAUAGCCAGAAGGGAGAUGUGAAACGCUGCACCUGGCUCUUUGAAUCACAGCCAUUGGACAAGAUCAAGGAGCCAGAAGAUACCGCCGUGCAAGGCGCUGAAGAGAUACCAAAAGCUGACGUCAAGUGCACCACCUGGCUCUUCGAAACCACACCACUGGACAAAAUCACUGCCAUGAGUGUUGCUGACACACUUUCCUAUUUGCAUCAAAUGACUUUUAUUCACUCAAGUGGCAUCAUUAUAGAAGCAAAUGAGAGCAGGAAUGUCAACAUGGCAAAAUAUCUGCUUGAAAGCAGUGAAGGUGUGCAGAUUCAGAAAGAGGAGGUUGUCGGGGGUAACAUCAGGAACAUCAUGCUGCAACUCUUGCUCAAACCAACCCUCAACCCGCAAGUUACUCUUCUGAGAGAAACUGAAAAAGGUAAAGUCAACACCACAGUAGUGGAGCUUCCAGUCUUCCAGUCCUCCACUACCAUCAACAUCGAGAGAGAUCAAAGAAUACAAAACAUUGCCCGGAUGAUCGAUGAGCUGCUUGUUCAAGAUAAGAAUUUCAAAAAGGGAAUCUUAAUGCAAGAGACUGCAGAAGGACAAGCACAGAUGUCAGUUUAUUCGCUGAUCUGUAGUCAUGAGGUGAAAACUGAGAGCCACCUCACAGAGAGAGGAGACGUAAAGUCUACGAUUGGAAAUCUGUUAGCUACUGCCAACAGUCAGAGGACUGCAGCAUCGUGUAGAGUGGAUGAAAAUGAGAAGGGAAAUGUUAAUUUGUACAAAAGCUGCAUUGAGAAAGGAGACCUUCAUUACCUGAAGAGUCUUCAUGCUGAGGCAGAAGAUGAAGUUGAUCACAGCUAUUUGGCCAAAGAGCAGAUUGAAACAGUUCAUGGUGGUGUGAAGGAAGCAAAGAGAAGCCUCUGCCAGCAAAAGGAGCAGGCGGAACGAACCAUUUCUGAUGUUCUGCCAGGGGAUGUGAAGAACACCAAGAAAGUUUUUUCAUCAGAAUGCUCUGUCAACAUUGACAACUGUAUGGCAAAGGAGGAAAUAAUCCCUGGAGAUGUCUCAUCAGCAAAGCAACAACUUGCAGUGAAGCAGCCUGUCUUGGUGGAAAAAGAGGAGAUCGUGGCUGGAGACAUCAAGGCAAUGAUGCAGUCAUUAGAACGUGCAAAGCAGCAGAGCAUGUGUGUGGAGCGAGAAAUCAUUACACCUGGAACUAUCUACGAUAUGGACUUAUCAGCUGAAGGUCCUGACAUUGAAGGAAACCAAGCACAAAAAGAGGUCAUUAUAUCCGGAGAUGUGAAAGCAGCUAAAAAGUCUCUGGAAAUGGCAAAGAUGCAAAGCAUGCAUGUGGAUCGGGAGGUUGUUGUUCCUGGAAAAAUAUACAACCUGAAUGUGUCAGCGCACGAGGAAAGCUCUUCAACAGUGACACAGUCUACAUGCUCAUCCUCCUCCAGAAGCCAGCAAAUCAGGACUUUUCCAAAGUAACCUGUGAAGGACAGCCCACCAUUACAACACAGAAUCCAACUCCCAACCCUGUAGCAAAUGGAAACUCUAAAUCGCCCAGCUCUGAA